AUGGGCAAAGUAAAUGCAACUUCGACCCUUUCCUUGACUGCAAUAGGAAUACCGCGGCGAAGGAUGGGCCCUCUCUUUCCAACACCCUGCAUUGUCCUCCUCGUCCUCCACGCCACCUUGUCACCAGCCUCCCUCAGUCCCGAGGAUUACGCCGCAGACGAGGCAGAGCGAACUGCCAACAGCGACAACAUCAUUUUCGACGAUUACCGGGGGAAAGUUUGUGUGGACGACAGUGGCUUUGUUUACAAACUGGGGGAGCGUUUCUUCCCAGGACACUCGAACUGCCCAUGUGUGUGCACUGAGGAUGGGCCAGUGUGCGACCAGCCGGAGUGCCCCAAGAUACACCCUAAGUGCACAAAAGUGGAGCACAAUGGAUGCUGUCCUGAAUGCAAGGAGGUUAAAAACUUUUGUGAAUACAGGGGGAAAACUUACAAGAUCCUGGAGGAAUUUAAGCCUUCGCCUUGUGAGUGGUGUCGCUGUGAACCAAAUAACGAGGUGCACUGUGUGGUCUCUGACUGUGCCGUCCCAGAGUGUGUCAACCCAGUCUACGAGCCAGAGCAGUGCUGUCCCGUCUGUAAAAACGGUCCAAAUUGCUUUGCCGGAACGACGAUCAUCCCAGCCGGUAUUGAAGUGAAGGUAGAUGACUGCACCAUUUGCCGCUGUCACAAUGGGGACUGGUGGAAGCCAGCACAGUGCCUGCGCCGGGAGUGCCUCAAUGGCCAGACGUUGUCAUAGAAACCCCGGCGGGGACGGUGUCGGUGACGUGCAGCCAGGGAGCGGUCCUGCCUGCUGCAAAGGCAAACAAACAAACAAAACGCUCAUCUUGUAUGAUUGAUAGGAUGGACAGGAGAGGAGCACAAUUCCUUGGCAACAUUGACUAGGAGACUGCAUAACAAGCUGAAAUGAAAAGCUCUCGUACACAGUACCUACACACCACCACUACUACAACUUUAACCACAGAGGAGCGGAGAGAGCAGGAGGAACUUUUCUUGAGACUGUUUUUUUGUCUUCUGUUUUGACUGUGUGACUAUUUAUAUUUUCUGAUAACUACUUACUGCUUAUGCUGCUUAUAAACAUAAUGUUUAUAUAUGAAGUCAUUUCCACCUAACCAUUAGCACUGUUAAACAUGGUCAGAUGUGUUCUGUCAUCUGCUUACUGUAGCUCUCUCUCUCUCUGAGAUGUCUUCACCACACCGCUUCGCUAUGGGAAUUACAAUGGUCACAAAAACGUAUCACUCACAGCUGUUGGCUUCCCACUAAAUGCACAAUCCUUCUAUGAGUCAAUAGCAAGAGUUCACUUCUGGUGUUGGGGUCAAUGAAAUUAAUUAUUGACAUAAAAUGUCAGCAUUCUGAUGUGCUGUUAGUUACACUCAUCUGGGCUGACAAAAGAUGCAUGGCCACAAACAGAUCCCCUCAGUUACUGUUUUUACUACACACAAUAUGCUUGAUGAGACUGUCUUCGAGGUGCUCUUCUCUGCAUGGAGAGAUUGGAGGCCAGUUUUAUCUAAUAUACAGUACCUGUCAAAGGUUUGGACACAUCUACUCAU